GUGACCCUGAUACGGUGAUUGAAACAUAUACCUUCAAGUUUGAUUACUACUGUGAUGGAAUAAACAUAUACCGUAAUGGCGAGGAAAUCGCAUCAGAAAAACAAGCAAAGACUUCAGAUGAGACGAAACGAGCCACAAUCCGUCUCUUAAGAACUCUUGUGCUUUUGACUCAAACUUUAAAAUCUCUGCCUGAUGAUGUGAUGAUGACAAUGAAAAUUCUCUACUACGACGAUGUCACACCACCCGACUAUCAGCCACCGGGAUUUGAGGCAACUGAUUAUUUGGGGCCUUCAUUUAAAGAUGAUAUCCAGAGAAUUGUUGUUGGUAAUGUUAACACGCCUUUUCAUAUGGUUGGACUCCGUGUUCGAUCUGAGCUUCAACAAUGGCAAGAUGCGAAUGAAACUCAUGAUGAUGUGGAAAAUGAUGAAAACUGCAGUAAGAUGAAGGAGGAGGAAUCUUAUCUUGAUCACGAGGUUGAUGCAAGAUCUGUAAAUAUGGAAGAAGCCAAACCGAAGGCGCUAAACAACGCACCAGGUGAUAGCGAAGAACCGUAUCUUAUUGCCGAACCAGAGAAAUCAGCUGUAAGUUUAUUAGAAUUACAGCCGCCCAAGAAAGAUGGAUCAAAGGAAACAAUGAAAGAGGAAGAAGCAAUGGAAUGCAGCUCUACCGCACCCCUGAAUCCCCCAGAUGUUCCAGGUCUCUACAAUGCUGCAAGUGAAGCAAAUGAAAAAGCACCGACACCGAUCACGCUGACGCCUGCUGAUGAACAAUUGGUACCAACUUCAAAGGAAGUCAUUGUCCAAUGCUCGUGUGCAUACAACGGGGACGAUGGUAUGAUGAUCUUGUGUAGUGUCUGCAAGAACUGGCAACAUGCUUCCUGCUAUCGCUUUUUUGCUGAAGAAGAUUGUCCGAUUAUGCAUAUUUGUGUUCAGUGUGCUAAGAGUGAGAAUAAAGAGUGUACUGAUGGUACUUUAGUUGGACUGACCCCUGUAAAGUUGCAGGCAACAUGCUUGUGGAGGCGUGCUUUAGUUGCCUGUCGUGGAUCAACUCGACUUACGGCUCCAAAAUUUGCCGAUAGACUAGGUGUCGAGUACAAUGUUGCUCAUGGUCUUAUGAAGCGGAUGCAAAAUGAAGGAUUUUUGCGACAAGCUGUCAAAGGAAAACGGCUUGGAAAAUUAAUCACCAAAGAGAAGGUCACUACUGAAGCUUUAAAAAAAUAUUUCUACCCAUCUGAGGAUGCGGUUGAGCGGAAUACGGAGUCAACAUCACAGCAGAAUGAGAAACUGGAGAGUAAAGAAAAAGAAUCUUUGGACGAAGAGGAAUUGCAAAGGAUGGUUAAUAAAGCAGCGGAAAUCGAUAUUUCUGGCAAGUAUCAGGCAAAAUCUGCAAAAGCGACGAGUAAGGUAGCAGAAGUCGUGGACCAAAAGAGUAAAUUGAGAAGCCGUAAAAGAGUAAUGUCUGCGAUCGAUAAUGAUUUGGAGUUCUCUGUGUCUAACAGCCAAGAUCCCAUGGAUUGUCAGCAUAAUGUAAAUCCAGCUAAAAAGCAAAAGGCCAGCGCUGCUGCUCAAGCUAUAUUAAUAUAA